CAUGAACAGGCGCGUGAUUGGCUGAUUUCCUCCGACGUUCGACAUCCGUAAACAUGGCGCAGGAACCCUGGAAUAAAAUUCAUAUCCCGUUUCCAAGUGCUUUUUCUUCGAGUCGAAUCCCAUUUACUGAUUCAAAUGAUCUCUUGAUUGAAAGUCUGCUGACCGACUGUGAGAAAGUGUUGACCCUGUUAAGUAGUGAAGUUCUACAGACAGAAAUCCGUGUUCUGUACGAACUUCUUCAUGUUUUGAACAACAGCUUUCGACAACACAAGCCGUUCAGAGCAUUAAAGCAGGUUGAACAAUGUGUAAACCGUUUGAAAGAGAUGAAGUUAAAAGAAGCAGUGGAAGAUCUGAAGGAACUGUGUCCAAACAAAUUUCAAAGGGAUGCUGGCGCAGAGGUUGGGGAGUGUGACCUUCCCAGUCAGCCCAUGUUGGAGUGGCUCUGUCUUAAACUAUUAGGAGCCUCCAGUCUUUUAGCCCGAACACUGGAGCGGUGCACUCAAGCUUUCAUGCUGGCACGGCAGCACAUUCUGCUGAGUGAGUUCAUUGUGCUGAAUGUGGUGAUAACCAGCAUGCUUAGUCGUCUCUGGGUGUUCUUCAGAGGUAUUCUGAAAGCCCUCAUUCCCAUGUACAAAGGAACCACUGAACUCCUCCAGGAGGUCUCUCGGUCUCAGCCCAUGCCCUACCUGACUGACUUCACCCUGCCUCGGGGCCUGAAAGACUUCCUUUGUCUCUCAUACCCAGAUCUACUGUUGGAAGAAGGCACCAAAGACCCUUUAAGGGGCAAAAAAGGGAAAAAGAACAUUUCUCUCCUUUCCAGGUUGUUUGAGAGUAAAGGGCGAGAAGAGGAGAGCGAGAUGAUGCCAGUAGUAGCAGCUGUAUUUGUGAAAGGUUCCAGUCUGGACAUGGGGGCAGCAGUUUUACAAAGACGGCCAGGUUAUUCAGAUUUGUUACCCUGUGGACUGGACAUAAAGUUUGUGCUUCAAAAAUCUUGUAAAUCCACCAAACAGAUGUCUUUAGAACCAGAGAUGAAAACAGACAUCACAAGUCAAGCUGCAGGCUUUCAAAUGAGGAAGUUCUUGAAGUCACUGAGAAAGGUGUCUUCUUUCAGAAAUAUGGCUGUUCAUCUGAAGAAAAUGAUACACUUGUGCCGGAGCUGUAAGUUUCAUCAAGUGCGCAAAUACCUAGCCUUCUUGCACCUCAAAUGUCUGAGAAUGGAAAGUCUGGAAGCUGAAGGUGUCAGGGUGGAGAAGAGAUUGAAGACAUUUAAAUGUACAGUUCAAAAGGCAUUGACUCCUCAAAAGACCUUGCGAAAAAAACAUUCAUUCAGCAUCAUGACACGCAACAGAACCGCCAGAUGUAGAUCUGUAUCUUCCAGGAAGUGUUCUAGACCAGUUAAAGACAGGCCACAGCAAGAAUCCCCGAAAAAAGAGGUAUUAGGAAACAAUAAGUUACCUGGAGCUGAGGAAAAAAUAGACUCAGAGGCUGCCUUGCAGAAACCAAAUAUGCUGAAUGACGAUAUUGAUAAUAUUUUUGAAUCAUUUGGAUUUUAAGUGAUUCAUAGUGUUGGUUGAAUGCAAUGUUGUUGUUUUUUAUUUCCACAAAAACUGACCACAUCACUAAAUAAGCCACAAUUAAAUGAAAUGGUGUAUAUUUGACUUUUUCUAUACAAUUUUAAUUUUGUAAAGAAAUAAUGUUUAACAAAUGACAGAUGAUGGACAAUGAACUGCAUAGAAUGUGAAAACCCAAAGAAAUAAAAACAAAAUAGUCAAAAGGAAA